AUGGAGAGGAAGGUGGUGGUGGUGUGCGGCGUCGUCGGGUUCCUAGGGCUCCUCUCCGCCGCGCUCGGAUUCGCCGCCGAGGGCACCAGGGUUAAGGCUUCCGACGUGCAAACGACAGGGGCGGAUCAAUGUAUAUAUCCGAGGAGCCCGGCCUUGGUCCUGGGGCUGGCAUCGGCGGUCGCUCUUAUGAUGGCGCAAGCCAUCAUAAAUACUGUAGCCGGGUGCAUAUGUUGCAAGAAGCAUCCGCAUCCCUCGGGCACCAAUUGGACUGUAGGGUUGAUCUCCUUCAUAGUUUCUUGGGUGACCUUCAUAAUUGCAUUCCUUCUAUUGCUGACGGGUGCAGCCCUAAAUGACCAGAGAGGCGAAGAGAGCAUGUACUUUGGGAGCUUCUGCUACGUGGUCAAGCCCGGCGUUUUCUCCGGCGGGGCCGUCCUUGCCCUUGCUAGUGUCGCGCUUGGGAUCGUUUACUAUGUCGCAUUAUCAUCGUCAAAGAUCAAUUCGGAGCCAGUUUGGGGCCCGCAGCAGAUCCAAAACCAUGGCAUCGCCAUGGGCCAGCCCGUGAUCCCCCCGCAGAGCACGCAGCCCGUCUUUGUGCACGAGGACACGUACAACCGGCAACAGUUCCCGUGAUCGGACAGCGCUCUCUUUCGACAGAAACUUUCUCUUUCGACAGAAACUUUUUCCGACUGUUUACUUUGCUGUUUCUCGAAGAUCAUGUUAUUGGUUUGUAUAGAGAGUUGCAUCUUGGAAAAAUAUUUGCAAACUAGUCACUAGGUUUUGUUUUGUAUAGAGAUUAUGAAUCUUGAAAUUAGUUGGAUGGCUACAUGAGAGUGUUCUAUUUUUUUUUCCCCUUCCAUUGUUGCGAGAUUUUAUUUUUAUUUUUAUUUUCUUAAAUCAGUAUAUUUGCUAGUAAUAUGUGACGGUUUCUUCGCUGAUGAUGUUCGUCGCGUAGCGUUUUUCUACGCAUUUCGAA